CCAGCCCUACCCGGUAGAAACAAAAAAAAAUGAAAAAAAAAUUAGGCCCGAACCUGGCCCGGACCGGCCGGUUCAACAUUUUCAAGGCCCGAGCCCGCACCGGGAUUAGACCGGUUCCGGUUGGCCCGAACCGUCCCCAAGUCCAGGUACCGGGCCGGGCCCAAACAGUACCGGGCCGGUCCGAUUCCGGGCCGGGCGGCCCGACCCGAGUCCACCACUACGUAAUACUGAUAAUAAUAAAUAAAAAAAUAAUCCAACUUUAGUAACAAUAUUAGUUGACUAUUAGUAUGGUUAUUAUCAAUGAUAAUAUUAUUAUUUGACUAUAUUAAUAUUAUUGUACAUUUAUUGUUAUUAGUAUUCAUAAGUGACUAUUACUAUAAAUAUGCAGGUUGUUGAUAUCUGUAAUUUAUGUAUAAUAGUAAAACUGCAUAUUAUAAUGGUAUUGAUAAUGCUUAUAAUGAUGAUAAUCAUAAUUAUAAAAAUAAGGAUAGUUAUAACGAUAAUAAAAUGAUAUCUAUUGGUUUAUAUAGUAAAACUGAUUUAUAAAUCAAUAUUGUAUCAAUCUAUGAUUAGUUACUAAAGAUUUGAUUAUCACUCUUACUAAAACAUUUAAUUAAUUCUCCCAAGUGUCAAUGCAAGUUCACACGGUCCGUGAAUAUCAAUUCACAUUAUUAGCUAGGCCAACUCAUUUGUAGAGAAAGGAGGAGAAAAAAUCUCUAAUUUUUAAAGUGUUAUAACUUUUUUAUUUGUACUCUAUUUUUCAUAAAAAAAUAUAUCAAAAUUUGUAACUCUUUAUGAUCUUUCAUAUGACACGAAUAUUGCAAAUGUAAAAAUAACAAAGUCUAAAGAUCCAAUUGAUGAAGAUUUUAAAGCUUAGAGCUUUUUUUAAAGCCCAUAACUUUUUUUAAGUAGAUUAAAAUCAUAAAAUUAAGAUUUCAUAAUUAAUGUUUACAUUUUUGAGUUAAUUUAAAAAAAUCUAAAACAUGUGAUUCCUUAUUAUUCAUUGUUCUAUAUAGUAAACACGAAUUAUGAAAUGCUACUGUGUGACUCUCUUAUUGAAUUGGCAUAAUAAAUAUUAUUAUUUUAACACAUCGGGCCGCAAUGGAGGCGCGGUUUCAAUUCACGGGAAAAUCUACUAUGUAACCCAACAAAAUCAUAUGGUGGCCGCAAAGAGGCCAUAUCAGAUUGUAUCAUGACAUCAAAACUAAUUAUUUUCUCAUUUCGUUCAAACGUAAAAUUAAAUUACAACGCAUCGGUCGCAAUAGCCGCAGCCACAGUGACCGCAACCACAAUGCUACCGCAAUAAAAAAAAUUGAUAUAGGCUAAAGAGUAAAUAUGUGAUAUAUGCUGACGUGUAGUUUAAUAUAGUCAUUUAAAAUAUAAAAAAAUAUUAUGGUUGGUGGUUAGAUCAUACUCCGUAGUAAAAAUGUGUUAUAUUAAACUUCGUAUCCUAUGAAUGAUUGACAAAUUGACGUGUCGGUACCGGGGCAUUGCCCCGGGCGUUACACUAGUUUAUAUGUAAAUUCAUAUAUAAUACUAAUAUCAAGCAGUACGUAAAGUUGUACUAGUAAUAGUUUUUGCUAUAAUAAUCGUACUGAAAGUGCGGGCUACAAUAAUGUAAUGUACUAAUGUGAGCUAGUAGCUUAGUGUUACCUCCGUCCCGUUGGAAGGUUCCCAUAGCAAAACGUCAGGGUUAUUUAGGCAAUAAUUAAAUAAAUUACUUCAAUAUAAGGGCUUAUUUGCACUUUUUUGGUUAGUUCGAGGACUUAUUUGCACAUUUUCUCUAUAUCUUACUUUGAUUACGCUUUUCUAAUGAUAUACUACGUAUAUGAUCAAAUUAUUUUGUAUAAACUAUGAUUGAAUUUCUAUUAAUGUAAAUUUCCAAAUUAUUAACUUUUUUAUGUGUACUAAUACGUAAUUAAAUAUUAUUACAGUCAAAGUUGUGUUAAGCUAUGGCCCCCGUGGCAAAUAUAAUUACAUAAGCUAAAAAACUUUGGCCCCACAAAAAAAUGGUGUUAAGCUCUGGCCCCGGCCUUCCAGAUCAGAUUUCAAAUUGGGUAAAAUUGCUAUUUGGGGCCACUUAAUUAAAUAAAAAUAAAUAAAGAUAACUCACAUGUCUAAAUUACCCUUGUUUGAAGUAAUGAGUUAAGGAAUGGUUGUCGAUUAUGAGAAAGGCAGAACUUGAAAAACACAAGCACGGUGGAAUGAAGAAAGCAGGAAAAAUAGAAACGUUGAAACUGCAGCUAAGGCAUUAGUUGAUAUGGCUGAUGAAUUUAAUGCGCUACUUUCUAAUCAGACUUGGGAUUUAGUGCCUUGGGAUGGCUUGAAAAAUGUGGUUGGAUGUAAGUGGGUUUAUAAAACAAAGUAUGAUUCUGAUGGGACUGUUGAGCGCCACAAUGCGCGUUUAGUUGCUCAAGGGCUUAAGCAACAGGUUGGUGUAGAUUUUACUGAAACUUUUAGCCCUGUAGUUAAACUCACUACUGUGCGUCUUGUUUUUUCUAUUGUUGUUUCUCUUGGUUGGUGUAUUCGCCAGUUAGAUGUUAAGAAUGUUUUUUUUCAUGGUAAUCUUACGGAGGAG